AUUUGUUUAAACAUUUUGUUUCAUUUGUGUUUGUAUUACAUACAUUACCUGCGCAGUUUUCAGCCUGAACGAAAGUCAGAAAUUAUUGGUGAACUGUAGAGAAUGAUAGUAGAUACCCCUAUAAUCAAAUACUGACUUCCUCAGUGUAGACACCUACAGGAAUAUAGCACAAUGAACGAAGGAAGCAUUUUACACUUAUUACAUUGCACAUUUUUUGUAGCUUUUAUAUACAUAAUUUUAGUUUUUAAUAGUGCUUUAAAUGACACAGAAAAUCAGUACGUAUAUCCGCCAUUCAGAAGUUACGGACCAUUUUGGACUGGAGCCCUGUAUGUAUUAAAAUUACUCCCUCUUCUGAAUUUACCAAAAGUCAUCUUUACCUUCCUUGGGUUAGUAUGUUACAAUGCUUUUUCUGGAAAGGUGAAGCUGAAAGGUUCACCUUUAGAUGUUCCACUGAUUUGUAUAAGAAUAGCAACAAGAGGCUAUUUUCCCAUGCUAGUCGAGCGAAAUGUUACUAGAAAUAUUAACACUUGCAUAGAUACAGGAUUGGAAAACUUUAGAAUAGAAAUUGUGACAGAAAAAGAAUUAAGCCUUCAAAUUUCAAGAGUUACGGAAAUUGUUGUGCCUCCACAGUAUAAAACGAAAUCUGGUGCAUUAUUUAAAGCGAGAGCGUUACAGUAUUGUUUAGAAGACGAGGUGAAUACCUUAGAUGAUUCAGAUUGGAUAGUUCAUUUAGAUGAAGAAACAUUACUGACAGAGGAUUCAGUGAGAGGUAUUAUUAAUUUUGUGUUGGAUGGUCGUAAUCAGUUUGGUCAGGGAGUAAUCACUUAUGCUAAUGAAGAGAUUGUGAACUGGUUCACCACUUUAGCUGAUACCUAUAGAGUAGCUGAAGACUUGGGGAAAUUAAGAUUUCAACAUAAUGUGUUUCACAAACCAUUGUUUGGAUGGAAAGGAUCAUUCAUGGUGUCAAAGGUGGAAGCUGAGAAAAAAGUGUCAUACGACAAUGGAAUUGACGGUUCCGUGACUGAAGAUACAUACUUUGCCGUAAAAGCCUGUUCAUAUAAAUAUUCAUUUGGUUUUAUAGAGGGGGAAAUGUGGGAGAAAUCGCCAUUCACAUUAUGGGACUUUUUGCAGCAACGCAAGAGGUGGAUCCGUGGUUUCAUUCUGACUGUACAUUCAAAAAAUAUUCCCAUAAAAAAUAAAAUUUUCAUUGGUAUAUUUUGCUACUCUUGGAUGCUUCUACCGCUGUCAAUUGGUAAUAUUUUCCUUGCAUCUGUAUUUCCUUUACCUAUUCCAAAAUUCCUUAACAUUAUUUUUUGUAUAAUGAGCGCUGUGGAAAUGUAUAUGUUUAUUUUUGGAGUGCUAAAAUCAUUUCCAAUUAAUAAGUUUGGGCCCAUUAAAGUUGCGAUUUUUGCAUUUGGAGCAGUUGCAACUAUUCCGAUUACUAUGAUCGUUGACGUUGUUGCUGUUAUAUGGGCUAUGUUAGAAAAGAAAUGUACUUUUUACAUAGUCAAUAAAGAUGUUAAGACGGCUUGAAUAGUAGGCUUAAAUUUGUGUGCGAUGUGUUUAUGUGGGUACUUGUUAAAAUGCUUAUUUGAAAAAAUAAUUAUAAAGUUGUGUUAUUUUUUGUAUUGUGUAUAAGAUUAGAAGUAGUCUUAAUUAAUAUAACAAUUUUUUUUAUUCAUAUAUGUUGUAGCUAGUUGUAGUUUUUCAAAUGAAUGAAAAUAUAAAACUGUAGAAGUCCAAAUGCGUAUUGGUGUUGCUGAAAAGAUUUUGCAAUAAAAACCUACAGAGUGUUUUUAGUCUUUUAGUUUUGAGUCACGAGUUCAGAAGUUGUAAACAAAUAUAUAACUUUUUUUUGUAGUUUUAAUCUUAAUGUAAUAAAUAUUAAAGAGAACAAUAA